AGUACCUCUCCCUGCCAAAGCGGUGCUCGUGCCUCAAUCGCCGUUUCACCCUUGCUUUUUAUCAGCAUACUGAGCUAAAGCGAAGGAAUAACAACUGACUGACUGGGCGUGAUUUUGCUCGCCGAUGCCAUGGGAGAGAGGACGGUCGCAUCAUCAUCAAGUCCGAUAUCGAGAGCCUAGGAGGAAGUGCACCUCACAACAGCAAGGCUUCUUUCUUCAUUCGGCCCUUUGUGCGAGAACGGGGCACCUUCCACUUGGCGACUCUUGGUCCUGACUAAAGCUACUACGAAACUACUACCAGCCCAUGAAGAAUCCGUAGGACUUGUGAGAGGAGCAAAGGAGCACUCCUACAGCAGAGUUCGACUUCAUUCGUACAAUUAGUCAUCCGGGCUUCGAAGAAAGAAAGAAGUUUAACGGAAGGGAAAAAAUCAGUGUGAAGUUCGAGUGGACAAAUGCCUGAAACGAAGCAUUCAGCGAUGAUUCACGAGAAUUAUGAACUACUCCCAGAUAUACGACAAAACAGACAGUGACGGUGACGAUCCAUGAAUGUUGUUCGAGGAGUCUCCACCAAGCCCACCACCUCUCUUGCUUCUCGUCUUGUUUCCAGCACUAGUGCUGUAGAAGUAGAAGUGUAUUAGUGGUGAUAUCAGCCGCCUCGACGACACAUCCCUUCAGUGCGAUCAUCAGUUGCCAAUGAAUAAGAGAUAGUGGCGAGGAUGAUGGCAAAGUGCUUCCGUUCCCCUUUGGAAAACCUUCUGUGAGUGUAGUGUCAAUUCUUCUAGAAUUCACAACCAAAUCGUCGAGCUCUUCAUUUUCGCAUUAGGAGGUGCUAAUCAAUCGGCACCUUCCAACAACCGAAGUGUUGCUUCGAUCUUCGGCUCGACUAUACCGGUGAUUGGAAGAACUGGUACAGUAGUUUAACAUUCUAAGUUACGUCAGAGCCUAUUUUUUCCUUCCAACGAAACUACAAACUAUUGUCGAGUGCCAAGAAGUGUCGAACGGAUCGAGAUCGAUUCAGUGACUGCGGUCAUGAAUGGUGAGCACGAAUCCCUGGCCGCCCCCUACGCAUCACCGUCGCAAACCAUCAAGUCCGUGGUGGUAGGCGAUGGGUCCGUGGGCAAAACGUGCAUGCUCAUCUCCUACGCUACAGACAAGUUUCCAGAGGAGUACAUCCCAACGGUGUUCGACAACUACGUGGUCAAUCUUCGAAUUGCAGACGAAACUUACACACUAGGCUUGUUCGACACAGCGGGUCAAGAGGACUAUGACAAUUUGCGGCAUCUGAGCUACCCGAACACGGACGUGUUCGUUAUCUGUUUCUCCGUCGUGAAUCCGAACUCAAUGGAGAACGUUAAACAGAAGUGGGCUACCGAGAUCAAGAAGUACUAUCAAGCGCCCAUUCUACUUGUGGGCACGCAAGUCGAUCUGCGCGAGAAUGCAAAUGUGAAAGAAAAACUAACCAAAAGCAAGCAAAGGCCGAUUACCAAAGAGCAGGGCGAACGCAUGGCCAAGCAAAUCAAGGCUUUCAGGUAUAUGGAAUGCUCAGCCAUGACCCAGGAGGGUCUCAAGGACGUUUUCGAUGAAGUCGUGAUUGCGGCCUUAGAUCCCCCUCCUAUUAAGUCUAAACGCUCUGAAUUCUUGUCCAAAUUUCUUUGCCAUACGUGAUACUAUUUUUAUGCCAAUAUAGAGAGAGACAUUUGACAGCCUAUAA